ACCUGAUAAGAUCUUCGUCUAAAAUAAGCCUAAACAUGGUCAAGUCCUCCCUCCACUUGGUUCUGGUAGGGCUUCUCCUCCUCUCCUCGAGCUCCUUGGCCGAUGACGAGACCGCCGUCGCCGCCGCGGACGCCAUCUCUGACGCGCCGGAAAACCUCGUGAAGGAAUUGGUCAACGAGGCUCCAUCCGAUGUCGUUGCCGCGGUUGUUGCUGAAGCACCGGCGGAAUCCGUCCAUGCCGUCGUUGCCGAGGCUGGAAAGGAUACUGCGGCCGAUGUGAUCGCUUCGGCGCCAGCUGAGAACCAGCAAGAGGUCGUUGCCUCCGCGCCGGAGCAUCUUCAAGAAGAACUCGUGGCCGGAGCAUCCGCCCCAUUGCAGGAUGCCCUUACCGAAUCCGGUGGCACAUCUGCGGAUGCCCCAGCGUCCGAAAUUAUUGCGGCCGCUGAUGCCGAGGUUGUUGCCGCCGUUGUCGCUGAUGCCCCUGCCCAAGUCGUUGCCGAUAUUGCGGCCGAAGCUGAACCACAAGCAGUUGCCGACGCGGUCGCCGAAGCGCAUCCCGAUGCCGUUGCCGCCGUUAUGUCCGACGCACCGAAGGAAACCGUCAAGGAGGUUGUUGACUCUGCUCCAUCUGAUGUCAAGGAAGCCUUGACCGAUGCUGCGCCUGAAGCCGCUGCCGAAGUCGUGAAGGAUGCCGAUGCCGCGGCUGCCGGUGCGCGAAGGAGGAGAGCUACCCACAAGUCCAAGGCGGGCAAGUCUGUCCACAAGGCUAAGGCUGGCAAGGGUAUGAAGAAAUCUAAGUCUGGCAAGUCAUUCAAAAAGUCCAAGGCUGGUAAAUCUGUCCACAAGUCAAAGGCCGGAAAAUCUGUUCACAAAUCUAAGGCUGGAAAGUCUGUCCACAAAUCAAAGGCUGGUAAAUCUGUCCACAAAUCAAAGGCUGGAAAGUCCGUCCACAAGUCAAAGGCUGGUAAAUCCGUCCACAAAGCCAAGGCUGGAAAGAGCGCGAAGAAAGCUAAGCACGGAAAGAGCGCGCACAGCAGCGGUUAAGAAAAUUAUGUUCGCUUCGGGGAGAGAUGUGUUUUGUGAAAUCAAAGAAAUGGUGGAGGAAAUAAAGACGUGUAAUUUAUUAA